AUGUCUGAUAGCAUCAACAACACUGCCGCUGCUGGUCAGCGCAUCACCUUUGGUACUGAGCUUGAGUUCAUCGCCAUUGUCCCCAAGAAGAUAAGGAUGCAAUACGGCUCGUCCCAGAAGUACGUUCGUAGCGUGCUCAGUAACGCCCGAGUCAAGCUUCCCUGCAACAAUCCUGGUUGUGUGGAAGGUGAGCACGAGUUCUCAUUGCCCAUCCACGAUAACAAUGUAGACGGAACCAACGACAAGUGGACACUUGACACUGAUUCAAGUGUCAUGUUGACCGAUGGCAAAUUCGGAACGAGUCUUGUCCGUGACGAUUAUGGUGGUCUUGAGUUGAUCUCUCGCGUGCAGAAGUUUCAGGGAACCUCGCCUUGCCCCAUGGGUCAGUGCUACCCAUGUACUGGCGAACCCCUUGAGUGGAGUUGGCGCGACGAAAUUAGGUGCUUCCUCGAGGUUCUUCACGAGGCUUUCACUGGACCUGGCUUCUGUGUUCUUGUUAACGAGACUGCAGGCCUUCAUGUUCACCUUGCAUACGGCGACAUUGCUCUCCCUGUCCAUGUCGUUCAAGGCCUUCUGGGCACCAUGACAGCUCUGGAGCGUUCUUUCGACCAGGUGCUUCCUACCAACCGUAUCAGUGGAGCACUUUCUGGGUCGAAGUUGUGGAACUCUUCAAACAUGAUUGAGCCCCUUCCUGGCAUUCAUAUCGAUGGAUUCCACACCUUGUACAAACCUGGCACUGUCAAUUCAGGAGCGGACUUCUCCAACUUUUACUGCCCUGCAAUUUCUACGGCCAUGUUUGACUAUCUCCACAAACAGAUCAGUAAUAAGGCACAAGGCAUUAACCCGGACGAGCCGCAAAGUUGGGCCCCACAAAAUAGCCCAACCGAUGGCGUGGUCCCUGUCCCUGCCCUUUCUGCCGAAACUGCCAAGUCGAUCGAGAAAGACCUUCUUAGCUUCAAUGUUCCCAGCUGGCUGAAGUUGAUCGAAACCCCUUCCAGUGGUGAGGAGCUUAAGUCUGUGUAUAAAGGUGUCAAGUACAAUGCUCUGAGAUUGUCGGGUAUAGAACCCUGUGAGGACAGUUACUAUAAGGGGCCUCCUACAGUUGAAGUCCGCACCCACGCUGGCAGUCUCGAUUUAGGUGAGAUAAGCGCUUGGAUUGAUCUUCUGUGCAGUUUGGCUCGCUGGGCUGAGAUGGAAUCGAAGGAGAAUGUGUUCUCUUACCUUCUUGAGUCGUGGAGUGAUGCCGAGUACAACAUCUGUAGCCUGGCCCGUCAUGUCGGUGCCAGCGAAUCGACCAUUCGUCAAUACGAUUUCGUCUUACACGACGACUACGCUCAGCGCCGUUUCGAGAAGUACACCUCUCAUCCUUUGACUUUCACUGACAACUUAGGAAACCUCAACCGUGCCAACGAGGAGCAGCGCCGCAAGCUGUUCUCUCGUGAGAAUGUUGAUGAAAAGAUUCGUUGGAAGCUCGAGUCUGGAAGAUACGGACCAUUGCCGACGAGCGUCCUUGAAGCUCAACCUGAUUCUGAGAUUUUUUCAAGACCUGAGGCCAAGUUCUUGCAUUACAACGAGGAAAGCCAGAAGGCGUGGGCUGAGUUCUUGAAGGACUACUAUCGUGUUGCGCGCAAACUCGAAUUGACCUUCAAAGACUCUAUCGAUGGUUCUGGUACAUCCUCUGAUGCUUCUGGUACUUCCUCUGAUGUUUCUUCUGAUAGUUCUCCUGAUGGCGGUGCUAAGAUUACCCGUGACUCUGACAACGAGUCUGUGUCUGCGGGUGCCGGUGACGAAGAGCCUGUAUCUAGCUCAAGCGACGAUUCCGAUGAAUCUUCUGAAUCUGAUGAGUCCGAUGAGUUUCCUGGGUCUGAUGGGUCUGACGACGAGUCAGAUGAAGCUGCCAAGUCUCCUGUCAAGAACAUCACUCCUGAUGAGUCCGAGGAUGACUUCAACGACGAAGGAUGGUAUGGACUUCAUCCUGGCUUGGCUAGCGCCUACAACAAUAUCCCUGGCCAACAUCUCACUCACCUUGAAGAGACCGUCCUCGGCAUGCCUGCGCUUCCAUCUCCUACUACCCCCAACAUGCUCGAUUUUGAGGAUUUGAAGACUGACACAAUUGCCAGAAUCCACGAUGCCUUCUUUGGUGCUGUUACGAUUGAGAGUCUUGUUGCUGCCGAGUCCAAGGAUGAGGUUGAGAACAUCAUCGCUCGCGCUGUCGAGACCCAGAAACAGAUGCACGUGCUGAAAUCUGUUGCGCAGGAGAAGGCCAUUGCAAAGAAGUAUUUUAACAGAAAGGAUAGGAAGGAGUAG